AUGAGCAAACGGGUGGCCGCAGAGGCGGCGCCUGGAGCGUCUCCUCGCAAGAGACUGAACACCGGUGGCAUUGGGGCCUCACACCUCGAUGUAGACGAUGGCGAUGACGAUUAUACCCCGACUUCAAGCCGGGCCUCAAGCGCAGAGGUCGACUCCACCAUCACAGCCGCGACGACCCCUCGGACAAAGUUCCCGUCCGACUACAAGACGCUGGCAUGCUCGUGGCCAGGAUGCACCAAGAGCUUCAACCGUCCCGCCCGGUUGAGGGACCACAUGAACUCUCACACCAACUCCCGACCCCACAAAUGUCCCUACGACGGCUGCACAAAAGACUACAUCGAGGACAAGCACCUGAAGCAGCACAUCAAGGCCGUCCACACCAACGACCGGAAAUACGUCUGCCAGCGAGAAGGCUGCGGAAAGAGCUUCGUGACGGGCACGAGGCUGAAGCGCCACCAGCUGGUCCACGAGGGCGCCGACCGGUUCCGCUGCCAGGACUGCGGGCAGAGCUUCAGGAAGAAGGAGACGCUCAACAAGCACGUGCGCAAGGAGCACCAGGGCUUGCCGGCACAUCAAUGCCCGGAACCCACCUGCUCGGCGGCGUUCGACUCCAAGGGGGCGCUGAACCGGCAUCGCGAGCGGGAGCACGGGCCGCUCAAGUAUUGGUGCAUGGAGUGCGCGCCGCAGACGCGCGAAGACGGCACGACGUACAGGGUCGGCUUCACGACGGACACGCAGCUGCAGUCGCAUAUGCGUCAGGAACACCAGAACUGCAUGUUCUGCGACUACAAGUCCAGCUCGCUGUGGGAGCUGGAAACGCACAUUGAGAUCCACCAUUCCGGAAAGACGGUCGAGGACCGCAAGACGGUGGCCUGCCCCCACGCGGGCUGCGACAAGAGAUUCACCAAGAAGUCCAACCUCAACGUCCACAUCCGCACGGCGCACGAAGGCUUCCGCUUCGUCUGCGGCCAAGUCGACCUCGCCGGCCCCGGCCUCGAGCAAUGGACCAACGACCAGGGCUGCGGCGACAAGUUCAGCACCAAAGUCCGGCUGGAGGACCACAUCCGCUUCAUACACCUGGGCCAGGAGCGCCCGAAGCUGUCCAAGGCGGAGAAGCCCGCCACGGCGGACCACCUCAUCGACGAGAUAUCCGGCGUGGCCAACGUCAAGAAGCAGACGUUGCGCUGUCCCCAGUGCAGCGAGGGCUUCAUUCGCUACUUUGACCUGAACGCCCACGUCGCAUUCGCCCACGGCCCACCUCCCGCCAUUGACGACGACGACGCCGAAGGGAAUCAUCAUUCUCUCGAGCAGCAGCCCUCUUGGGCGGCGGAAUUCACCCAGGGGGACAUCUUCUCCGCGCACAUGGCGUUUGGGGCAGCGGGGCAGGAAGGCUGGAUGGAGGACGAUGCGACGCUUUUGAUGUUGGCGCGUGGGGAGACGGGCUUAGAUGGGACUUCGAUCGAUCCCACACUGGGAGGCUUUUGA